UGUGGUGGCAUCUGGAGCCCGAACCAGGGCUGGGUUCGUCUCGUCCACUGGAGCCAGGGGAGCAAAAAGGGACAUGGACCCGGUGCAGAAAUCCCACCGAGAUGCUGAUCAAACUGAACAGCACCGUACUGGAUCAGGCUCUGUGCCCCCAGGAACGGACUCCCCAGCAACUGCCCCGGUACCCAAAGCCCCAGCUAGGGCCCGCCGCCUGGAGCGUGCCCCUGUAGUGCAAGCCUCCUCUCUCUCUUUGGAGCCUAAGCCUGAAGAAACAGUGGAGUCAGAGCAAGAUGUGACCGCAGCACCGUCCAGCACCAGCCAGCCCAGACCGUUGCCGCCGGAUGGCCAACCAGCACCUGCCAAACAUUCUGGGGUGGUCGAGUCUGCACUCAAGGUCCCGGGGACAGGUGGCAAUGUGGGCCCUCCUCACCACCUGUCUGGAGCUCGCAGCCCCAUCUCAGUGAGAGCUGCCUCGGUGCCGCAGCCACCGCCCUCUAGGCAUGUUGAGACCCACCUCAGUGCCCAACCACAAAGGGCACUCUCUGUCGCUGGCACUGCAGACACCCAGCCUCAGGUGGUGGAGGACUUCAGGGUGCACAUAAUCACAUGGAACGUGGGGUCUGCAGUGCCACCGGAUGAUAUUACUUCCCUUUUGGGCCUGAAUGUGAGCGAUGGGAAUACUGACAUGUACAUCGUUGGGCUGCAGGAAGUGAACUCCAUGAUCAACAAGCGUUUGAAGGAUGCCUUCUUCACAGACCAGUGGAGCGAGGUUUUCAUGGAUACACUCAGUCCCUUUGGAUAUGUGUUGGUGACAUCUGAGCGAAUGCAGGGGAUCCUGCUGCUGGUGUUUGCCAAGUAUUACCACCUGCCCUUCCUGCGCGGAGUUCAAACUGAGACCACCCGCACUGGCCUGGGGGGCUACUGGGGGAACAAGGGAGGCGUGAGUGCCCGCAUGACCAUAUUCGGCCACUCGGUCUGCUUCCUGAACUGCCACCUGCCUGCGCACAUGGAGAAUUCGGAACAGCGCAUGGACGACUUUGAGAGCAUCCUGCAGCAGCAGCAGUUCCAGGGCCAGACCGCCACCAACGUGUUGCACCAUGACGUGGUAUUCUGGUUUGGGGAUCUGAAUUUCCGCAUCGAGGACUACGACAUUCCAUUUGUGAAGAAUGCUAUCGACAACAACAAGUUCCCUCAGCUAUGGGAGAAGGACCAGCUGAACAUGGCUAAGGAGAGCGAGCAGCUGUUGGAAGGGUUCCUAGAAGGACCUCUCAAAUUCCCUCCAACCUACAAAUUUGACGUGGGCACCAACACAUACGACACCAGCGGUAAGAAGCGAAAGCCUGCCUGGACAGACCGCAUCCUUUGGCGUCUGCGCCCGGCAUCCCAGAUCCCCCCCAUGAAGAGAGGCCUGGCGUCAGGCCUCACCAGUGGCACCAGGGUGGCGCAGCACUUCUACCGCAGCCACAUGGAGUACACCAUCAGUGACCACAAGCCUGUGUCCUCCAUCUUCACCUUGCAGUUCCCCUACAAGGUGGACGUCCCCUGGGUGACGCUCAUGGUGGAGGACGAGUGGACCAGCGUUUCCGACGCUACAGCCCGCUUCAAGGUGGUUCCAAACUUCUCCCGUAGUUCGUGGGAUUGGAUCGGCCUGUACAAGGUUGGAUUCAAAUACCAUAAGGACUACGUAGCAUAUGUUUGGGCCAAGCAGGAAGAAUCCGAAUUUCUGACACAGGAGUACCAGGUGACCUUUGCAGAAGAGGAUUUGCCCAAGGGUUCAGGAGACUACAUCUUGGGUUACUAUAGCAACAACAUGAGCACCAUUGUGGGCGUGACUGAGCCCUUCCAGAUCCAGCUCCCCAGCUCCAGUCCGGCCGUCAGCCCCUCGGACAGCUCUGACUUCAGCUCCGAGGACGACAGCACUAUGGGCCUUCUGCACCCCAAGUCCCGCAGCCCCAGCCCCGGGUGCGCCAAAGGGAAGCAGCGCAGCAGGCGUAGCCGCAGCCGCAGCCCCGCCCUGCCCCGGCUGCAGGGCCUAAACCUUGCUCGGCGCAGCCCCUCCCCCCAUACCCUGGCUUCUGCCAAAAAGGAGCGUCUGGUCUGUGAGUCUGAUGGCUCCCCCGACCUCCUCUCUCCCUCCUCUAACCCGAGCGGCACCUCGAGCCCAGGCCACGCAGGGGUUAGUGCACCGGAGGCCCUGAUCGCCUCCCUCAGCGGGGAGCAGGCUAAGGCUUCCAAAGAGGCUGCCGACCCUGCUGACGUGCAGUUGUGAUGUUCUUUGCGCUUGUGCACUGAACACAGUUGAGCUCCGACGCCACUUUCACAAGAACCGUACGCCUCGUGUCAUGCGAAGCAUCUGCACGAAUUGCAGCCUCGUUGCGUACAGCCCCAUUCCUGGUUACUGCACCUCUGCUGACAUGUUCCCCAUCCUUUAUUUACUUUCCUGUCACAUGGCAUUUUAUUAGCGUUUCUUCCUCAUCACCUGGAGCCGCUCGUUUGAAUAAAAGACAUUCAGUACACGCCGGAGAGACGCGCAGAGCCCUCAGCCAAAUUCAGCCGUUCUCAGGUUUUUCCGAUCAGAACGAGACCGACGGAUUGUUCAUACAAGGUAGCUAACCCACGUCAUUUGUGCAGGGAUCAGUCUCGUGGCACACAUUUUCAGAGCAGGUCUUGGGCGUUUUCGUCUACAUGCUUUUCAAGGCCAGGACAUUUAGCUAACAACAUUUCUGCUGUUGUAGAUGUGCAAGUAGUAGGUCCAUAGAUUGGUUAGUUGGUCUGGUACCAUGUAGGUCAUCUACUUUAGACAUGAUACUUUUUAAGCUGAAUAGGAAAAAUGCUGCAAUGCAGUUGCAAAAUGCAGUUUGCCGCGGGCACAGUGUUUCCUGUCGGAUGUAAUACUUCCUUUUAUAAAUGGACACUGGUUUUGGCUCCUUGGUAAAACUAUGAAUCAUUUGGCGUUCAGGUGGAGAACAUUUGUAAUCGGGACCAAAUUUCUUGGGCUGACUUCCAGGGAUACAGCACCCCCCGACAAGGUUGAUCCUCAUUGCACUUGGAAAAGCCAUGCUGAGAAUAAACGGUGGCUUUGUCUUAAUUAACUUAAUCAACAUGGCUGUAUAAGUGGAAACAACUAAUCUCUAAAACUGUUCCUGUCCCAUCAUGUCCACCCAGUGCCUUCCUCCUAGUGGCUCCUUGUAAUUCCAGUGGGUCCCAGUAUUGGUCAGUGAUGGUGUGGUUCAUAACCUGUGGAAACCCCAUCCCCCCAGAUGCCAUGUCCCUUCAGACUGUGGUUUCAAGCUGUUAGUGUAGAACCAGGACACGCUGUCCGGAUAUGUGUCCCCAGCAUGUUAGAGAAAACCUUAACUCUGUGUGUAUGUGUGUGUUUUCCUGUGGCUGUGUACGACUUGGUACUGUGUUUUGUGCCGUGCUGUUGCGGACGCUCAUUUGUGAAAAAUUAAAGAUUCUAAGGAUUAGAGUUUUAAAAAAAGGUACACAUCAUUGUUUAAAUAGAGAGGAGACUAAAAUGUUAUGAGAAUGGAACUACAGAGGGUGUAACUGCUAUAGAAAGAGACAAGCUGGAAUUUUUUGCAUUUCUUGUUUUUACACCCUAUACGCUGUAUACAUUUGUACCUCUUGUUACAAACAUUUGAGUUACAAAUUUUCCAAGAUACAAACAUUUCCUGUUUAUUUUUUCAUUUUUGUUUGUAUUUUCUUCCCUGUUUUGUUUUGUAAAAUAUCUCAGUUGCAGAGUGAAAAUACUUAGAUAAGACUGAAAAUAGAGGGCACAGCGUCUCAGAUGUCUGGAGGUACGAUUUCAGUCAGUUUAUUUUGUAAUUUUAUAAUUGAUGUGUCCGAGACUUUUACAGAAACUACCCGGCGAAUACAUAAAGUUACCUGUCAUUAUGUUUUUGAUUGGAAGCUGUAAAUGAGCAGAUACUGACCAACAUGUUCGUGAAAUGCAUCGAUGGCUUCCUUGUGGUCACUUUUGUGGAAGUUUACCCUGAGACGCAUUGUGUCCUUAUAAGGGGAAACACUUCAAUUUAUUCUCCGUUACAGUGCAAAUCACCCUACUUUGAUUCCUUCUCCUGAGCCACCUGGCUCAAAUGUAUCAACAUGAGGUUGAGCAGCUCAUAUGUUUUUUUUUUUUUUUAAUAUUAAAUUUUAUUUAAAUCACAAAGACUCCAGA